AUGGGGUUCUACACAGACAAAGUCAAAGCCAUCCAAGAGCUACCACCUCCUAGGAAUCUUAAGGAGCUUCGAGGCUUACAAGGGCGAUUGGCGUAUAUUCGCAGGUUCAUUUCUAACCUAUCAAGGAAAUGCCAAUCAUUCUCAAAACUAAUGAAGAAAGGAGUAUCCUUUAUGUGGGAUGAUGCUUGCCAGAAAGCGUUCGAGGAGAUUAAACAAUAUCUCUCCAAUCCAUCGAUAUUGAUUGCACCGAAGUCAGACAAACCUUUCUUGAUAUACAUCCGGGCAACAGAUCAUGUAUUAGCAGCACUCUUAGCACAAGAUGAUGAAAAUGGUCAUGAGCAAGCUGUUUACUAUCUUAGUUGGACUUUAUCGGGUGCUGAACCUCGUUAUCCUCUUAUUGAGAAGGAAUGUUUGGCGCUGGUCUUCACAGUUCAGAUGAUGCGAUAUUAUUUGGUUGGGCAAACCAUACAUGUCAUUUCCCAGAUCAAUCCUAUUCGGGCAGUUAAGGGUCAGGCUAUUUGUGACCUUAUGGCUAAUCAUCCAUUGAAAGAAAAAGCUGAAUUGUACCAGUACAUACCAGAUGAGACGUAUGAAGUAAACAUCGUCUCUAGAGAGCAGAUAUCAAGGAAAAAGAAUCUAUUCGUAGACGAGCACCUAGAUUCUACUAUGAUUCUCAAUCCCAGACUUUGUAUCGAAAAUUGUACGAUGGGCUUUUGCUUCGCUGUUUGUCAAAUAGAGAAGCAAAAUAAGUUCUUAAAGAAGCUCAUGAUGGUAUAUGUGGAGCACAUCAGCCUGACCCUAAAUUGUGGGACCGGCUAUGCAGAUUGGGUUAUUACUGGCCUAAUAUGGUACAAGACGCUGUCACAUAUGCCUAAUGAUGUCAUGCCUGCCAGAUACACGAUAAUUACAUGCAUCGACCGCCCGAGCAUCUUCAUCCGUCAACCACUUCAUGGUCUUUUGAAACGUGGGGAUGGACAUUGUUGGCCCAGUAACCCCACCCUCUUCCAAGGGACAUCACUUUAUUUAAGCAAAACUGAUUACUUUUCUAAAUGGACAGAAGCAAUUCCGUUAAGAGAAGUCAAGACGAGUGAUGUCAUUAAAUUCUUAAAACACCACAUCGUAUACAGAUACGGCGUUCCGAGGCGUAUCAUUCAUGACAAUGGGCCCCAAUUCGUUAGCCAAGCCUUCACCAGAUUCUGUGAAAAAUUCAGGAUCAAGAAUUUGGUUUCAACAACUUAUAAUCCUGCUACUAACGGGCAUGCGGAAGCAUUCAAUAAGGCCAUCGUUAUAAUUCUCACUAAGGUGGUUUCGACGAAUAAAAGAGACUAG